AUGAAAAGUGUUUCGUUUCAGGUUGAUCCAUAUGUUCCUCGUGAUCCACGUCCUAUUCCUCAGCCACUGUCACCAGGCAGAAAAAUGGAAGCACUGGACUUCUAUGCUGAACGAGACAAAUGUCUCGAAGUAAGAUUACGUUAG